AUGUACCAUCACGUGGUUUCGACGUCAUCGGAUCUCAAGAGCACUUCACUAUCUAGCGGCAAAAUUGUUUAUAAUAACAAUAAUAGUGGGGGCGGCGUAAACAUCAACACUUAUACCAGUAAGCUGAACUGCGCCACAACUGUUCUUAUGUCACCCAAGAAGCAACUUGCAUUGCAGCAUCAACAACAGCAAUUGCAGUUGCAGCGACAGAAGUUGCAACUCCAGCAGCAGCAUCUGUCCAAUCUCAAGGAGAGUAAGACUGGAGCAGAGGACAAACCGGAGUCGGUGACCGGAAGUGGUGGUGAGUUCUCUAGCAAUCGUUUGGGCGGACAGGUUGGCGGCACGGAAAGAGACGAGCAAAAAGCGCACGGUCGGAACGAAAGGAGUGGUGGCGGUGAGCAGCGCAGUGAAAAGGGAAUUGACGAACAACGGGGUCUUUCAAAUAGAGAAGAAGCAGGUAGCGACGACUAUGCUAACGGUGACAGCGAUGGCGAUGACGACGAUAAAGAUGACGACGACGAUGAUGACAACGACGAAGAGAUGGAACGAGACGAAGAUGACGACGGCGAUGAUGAUGAUGAUGAUGACGACGAGGAUGAUGAAGAAGAUGACGUCGGAGAAGACGGCCAGUCGAGACGUAAUGGCGGAAAGACUGGUAAAAAUGCCGAUACAGUGAUGAGGCGUAGCCAAAUAGUUGGGGCAGAGCGACGAGGAUUUGGAACGUUGCAAGGAAAGGAGGACGAAACCCCAGGUGUGACGGGCGAUGACCCGCGACAGUACGUUUCGACGGAGGGAAACGGACACAGCGUCAGCAAGCGACAACGUUUGACCAACCAAUCCGUGAAGAGCGACGCGCACUGGCGCGGUUCCGCCUCGAUUUCGGAACCGCGAUCCCAGGAUCCGGAUUCAGAGUCUCUCCCCUCUGCCCAAACAACAACGCUCCUCUCUAUUUCUUCCUCUUCUCCCUCCCUGGCCACACUAUCACUUACGUCGUCUGUAGCACCGCCGACUGUCGAGACGAAAGUGACCCGGACAACAGACGCAAUGUCCCCUCAACAAGACUCGUAUUUCAUUUCGGAUCCUUACCGUUCGUUCCAUACACGAAAACCAAACCAAUCUCAUUCCACGAAGCCCCUUAUUGUCGAGGUGGGAGAAGCUGACGGUGAACGUGUUGUUAGUGUAGCUGCAGACAAUUGUGAAGCCAAAGCAAAGAAUGACCUUACUUCAUAUCUUGCUAGUGGGGGUGGUAUUAACGAUAACUCUCUUUCUAAAGAGACUAAUAGCAUUAGUAAUUCUACUACUACUACUACUACUACUACUACUGAAAAUACUACUACUACUACUAACGUGUCCAGUGUUGAUAAUAGUAGCAGAAAGACGACUAAUAUUGCAACCAUUGAUAGUAAUAGCAGUACUGUUGGAGUGACGCGUGAUAUUGAAAGUGAACAAAACAAAGAUGGCACAAGAAUAACCGGGUUAGUUAAUUUUUCAUCUAUGACUAGAGUUGUGUCUCCGGCAUCCUCGUCUUCAACAAGCUCUUCCCAUUCUCAAAAUAUAAACAGUAACAUCAACAGUAACGCCAAUUUUAACCAUCUCCGGGCCAGCAACAGUAGCUGUAGGGAUAAUUUACAUUCUGAUGCUACAUCAGUCGGGGGUUUUGGUUCUUUAGUCCGAAAUCAGGCGGGCGUACCCGGAACUGAAGGUUUUACAUCAGGAGCAGCAACAGGAGGGUUAGGACUAGGAGCGGGGGAUGAUGUGGGUUUAAGCGCUCCUCCGCCAGCACAUCUACAUUCUCAACUAGUACCACCGACACACGCACAUUUCGGGCUUCGCCACUCAGCAUCCCCGCAGCAGGCCUGGCCGGCCACCACCCCACUGCCAACUUCAUCUAAGUCUUACAGCGUAAUACAGACACAACAGACGCUAACAGCUCUGCCGGCUUCGUCUUUCCAGUCCUUAAUUAACAAUCCAAACGAACCCCAACCAUUACCGUCGCAACAACAACAACAACAACAGCAACAUUAUCAGCAAACGGAAGAAGUUCACCCCAUUAACCGUUAUCCUAGUGUCCAUCAAAACCCAACACCCUCACCACAGCUUCCAACACCCCAAAGACAACUCCAAACAAGCCAACUCUACGAUACAGACGGAUCGUUCGAACGUCUGAAAUGUGACGAAAUUGACCGCUACCUAAAAAGCAUUGAGCCAGGGGUCACAUUUGUAUCGUUACCCCUAACUUACAGUCAUCAACCAUCAGAAGGAACAAGCCUGACCACACUGACCAAUCUAAACACCCAGCAAAUGUCGUCGGGUACGAUUCACCCUUACCCAAUGGUACUGUCCAGCCUCGGAGGCUUAGUCGGUGGCCUCGGAUCCAUGGGAGCUGUCGGAAGCCCAGCCGGACACUCAGCUAUUGGGAUUAACGGUGUGAUAACAAUGCCACCACCGAGUUAUAACGAGACGGCCGCAGCUGCUGCCGCUGCUGCAGCAGCCGCCGCAUCUCUCGGGGUGGUACCCUCAGGUACUUUUAUUACAUCAUCCGCUAAUCCUGUGUCUCCAUCUUCCUCGUCGGCAUCUUCCUCGUCUCUAGCCGUUGGAGGGGCUCCAGUUACCAGCAACAAUCCGUCAUCCACCCCAACAUCAUCGUCAGCGUCGGUCGGUAACGGGCCUCCACUGGGAACAUCACCAUCGCCUACGGGCACCCUGACAGAACUUCAUCCACCUGUCGGGGUGACAUCCCUUGGACCGUCCAACAGUCAUAUUUUGACCACUCUGUCACCUAACCAAAACCAGCACAACACAACAACGGUCUCGCACCACCCCCACUUCCAACCACACCCUCAUUCAACCAUGCAAGGUAGUCCCCAUCAGGCUUCACCUAUGCUAUCAACCUUGAAUUAUUCUAUGUAUCUUAAUGGAGGAUCGAGUACUGGAAAUAAUAGCUUGUGUGCUGACUUUGGCUCCCCAAUUUCACUGUCUGGGACGAGUGGUCAGCGUAUGACAUCGAUCAACUCUUCCUAUCCGAAUCAAGCGAUUGUUUCUUUCGGCGAUGGGGGAGCAGAUAGCCCUAUUCCACCGCUUACGCAGUCAUCCCUGACAAUAGAGUUGUAUUCAUGUGAAUAUGUCUGUAUCAUUAAACAAUUAUUAUAUAAAUAUCUACGGUACAUCUCUGUAUAUCUACAUCUCAAUCUAUCUAUCUAUCUAUCUAUCUAUCUAUCUAUCUAUCUAUCUAUCUAUCUAUCUAUAUUUGAUGGAUUUAUGCACAUGCAAACAGACAAUAUAAAAUGGGUGUGGUGA